AUGUUUAGGAUAACCUGCCUUGCCACGUUCAACAGGGACAUUCUCGGAUCCCUUCCACUAGAGAUGACCACGGAAGCGACGCUGGCCCAUCUUCCAGAACCGAGAAUGAUCUUGGCCGGGGCCAGUGCGAUGGGAUUCUUCGUCCAAGACCUUCUCGUCACCACCAUGCUCUUCGUCCGGGAUCUCGCUUUCAUGAGCGGCAGGGAGGUGCAAGUUGCCGAUGUUGAUGGGAUAUUGGUGCUGAUGAGGCAUAGUCAACUUCACCGCGAUGUUGAAAAUAUAAACAUUGCGAUGGCAUUGCUCGGUCGACAUUGCAUGAACAAGGACAGGCGAGACAUCUCGCGAGACAUUCGAGCAAAGAAGGCUUUCAGAUCCCGAAUCGGGAACGAAUACCUGCCAAAUCAAUCGAUGGACUACGGUCUGCCAGAGGAGGUGAGACGGGAAUACACGCAAGAGGGAGAAAGGGCCCUUCAGGCACUUCGGUCUUACCUCAACUCAACGGCCUCUUGGGAUCUGGAGGAGGAUUACCCGGAGGAGGAGAUCGUGGUCGGGUCCCAGUUCCAGCCGCGCCUCGGCAUGUACUUCCUCUACACUGAGGCUGUACUGAAUUACGACUACGAAUGGACGUUCAGAAAAUCCUGGGGAGCUCCAGGACAGAAUUUCGAGUGGUACAAGGAAUUCAGCAAGAACGAAUUUGUUCAGUCGAUAUCCGAAGAAUGUCGGAUCGUGCACGAGACGACGGAGCCGAUGUUAAGUGGCUGGAUCGCCGCGAGGGAUUUCGUCUCUCUCGUCUGCCAUAGAAAGAUCGGGGAGACCAUCUACUGGCCCUUCAGCAACGUCACCUGGCCCGGCCUCCCGCCGAAGGAUGGGAUCGUCAGGAGCGUGGAGCACUUAGGGAGCGGGCAUGCGUUUUCCCCACACAAAACGGACAAGAACAAAAGCGUAUUCCAGUGGAUUAACGGCAUGGGUCUCCAAGUCCCAUUCGUUCCUAUAAGCAUCUUGAAGAAGUUCGCCGCGGCCAGUCACAGACACUUCAUCCUUGCGCUUAGAAGCCACCUGGACGCAAUGGCUGCUUCUUCGUUAUAG